AUGUCCGCGUCGAAUUUGAGAGGCUUCUGCCCGCCUCCCUUCUUACAAGAAACCCUCUUCCCAGACACCGGUGGAUUUAUAAGCGGACGGUUUUGUAUGCCAAUAGCCCAACUUCAGAACCUGACUUGUUGCUUGCCUUGCCCAACCACCGACUGGACAUAUUCCGAUGGAUUUGAACGCCGGACGGAAAUUGCCAACUGGGUCAAUUUGGCAGCUUUUCUGCUGUCCGUGUAUCUUCUGGUUUCCUUCGUCGUUCUUCCAGUCAAGUAUACUCACAGACAUUAUCUGAGUGUCUGCGUUACCUUGGGGGUGGUCUUUAUGGAGCUUGCCUUCAUUGUUCCAUUAGCCGCGAGGCCCGACCAAUGUUUCAACGAAAUCACUCCAAAUGAUAUGAAGUCCAGCGGUUCUUGCGCAAUCAGCGGUGCAUUCUUGCUGUUUGGGGGCUGGGCUGUUGUCAUUUGGGUAUUCUGCCGAGCGCUUGCUCUUCAUCUCCAAAUUUGCUGGGAAGUGGUACCAGGAGACAAGUUCUUCUAUUCCUCACUGGCAUUUGGGUGGCUCAUUCCCAUCAUUGGCCUGGCUCUUACUCUGAGCUUGACCGGCGUCUCGUUCCGAUUCGGAGAUGUCUGCCAUAUCAAUCACAAAGAUGCUCUGGAGGAUUUUUGGGGGCCUCUCCUCGCCUUUGCGGCUUUGGGCUUGGUCCUUCAGUUCGUCACCGUCGGUUACUGCAUCCAUGUCUACAUCAAGAGCCUUCUCGAUGACAAGAAUACCACCAAUACCAGUUCUCAGGCUCCGACUUAUUCAGGCAGCUUGAGGACGAUAUCUGCCAGACAAACCUACCGCCGAGUGAAAAGAGUCGUAGAGCUGCAAUGGCGUGGUGCAGCCAUUGUGCUCGUCCUUAUUGCCGAAGUCGUCUUCUUCUCGGUGGUGUUUGUGUCCAUGGACAACAGCUCUCAGGUCAACGCAGAGCUUUUGGCGAAGGCCACAAAUUGGCUCGAAUGCCUCGUCAACACUCAAGGCGACAAAAACAAAUGUCUACCAUUGGCCAGUGGUCUGGUGCAAUCAGAAGGCAUUGUCCUGGCAGUGCUCAUCGUUCUUGGGUUGAGCGGUUUUUGGUGUUUGACAAAAUUCCGACGAAACAAUGAAUUCGUCUCGGCUGAUGCCAGACGAUUAUCGAACGACCCUCGUACGUACGAAAUGCUGAGCGGAACAGCGCCUCAACUGAACAUCAAAUCGCCAGAUCGAGUAUUGACCAGCCCCAAUCCACGGCCAGCCUUUUCCCCCGGCCCAGACUCAAAGCAGGAUUAUUUUGGCUCUGCUCGUGCCUAUGUCAAUCCAGUAUCGAGUUAUUCCUACCCAAGAGUUCCCAGCCAAAAUAGAGACUGGGAUCCGAAAUCCACACACGCGAGAUCAGCAGAAGUAUCCGGAACUGGAUAUGACAUGAAAACUUUUCCGGGAUGA